AUGGUUCUUCACCAAAUCGUUGCAACAUUUCACGCCCUUUUCGACGUCAUCGGAAUUCCAGGCAAUUUUUUGGUAAUCGUGACGACCGUCCUGGAAAGGAGAUUUCAUGUGAUGCGGUAUAUUUUGCUUGCAAGUCUUGCAGUUUCAGAUAUUCUCUGUUUGACUCUGGCAAACUCUUUCCGCAUCGGAAGCAUAGCGCAACAGAGAUGGUUGUAUGGAGGAACAAUGUGUUACCUUAAUCCUUCAUUUGUGCGUUAUUUCUACUUCAACUCUGUUCUGCAUCUAAUGGCUGUUUCUUAUGAGCGAUACAACGCUAUUGUGAAAUCCCCUUUGACUUACGAUGGUACGAUGACAAAAUGCAAAACGAUGUUGGUGGCUCUCAUCUGGAUAGUCCCAAUUCCGUUUUCCAUCGGUCCGUUCCUUGGUUUUGGUAAUUACGUUUACAACCCCGAAGUGUUCUUUUGCGAGCAAGGAUGGUCAGUUCAUGGUGAUUCCAUGAAAAGAAACAUAAUUUCGUACGCGAUUUUCAGCUUUCUUUUACCUUUUCUCGUUAUUGUUUUUCUUAACUGGAGAGUCUUUCGAACAGCAAAAACUCUUCAGAUAAACCCUGUGGCCAACAACCUUGGUUGCUUCGACGAUUCUGAUUGCAAGCGACAACAACAAAACCAACGAAAUAAGAUCAUAUUAAGGAAGAAGAGGGAACAGAAAGCCGCUGCCGAUGUCAAUAUAAUCAUCAUUGCAUUUCUCUUAUGCUAUCUUCCAGGCUGGAUUACAGGAAUUUUCCGUCAGUUCGUGAAAGACAUCAAAGUUACAGCAGAGGUCAUUCUAACAACAACGGGCGUUUACUUCUUCAGCUCGGUGUGUAACCCAAUUAUCUAUUCCCUUCGUAAAAGAGAAUUUCAUAAAGGAUUCAACGAAGUGGUGCGCCGUAUGACACUUCAAAAAAAUUCAAGUAUCUUAGACGAGAACGUAAAUCCGUUUUCAAGCUUCAGUGUACGAGCAAUAGCUUUCAGUUCAAGAAAUAUUCCUGUUUCAGACUUCUCUGACGGUCAGGAUUGA